ACAACCUACACUAGUACACACCGAGCAGCGGUGGGACCGACUUCCCAGGAAGCAGCACGCCUCGGCUCGCCCUGUCAGGCGGGCUGUCGCCGCCUCCUCCCGCCACCCCUCUGUGUGUGUGUUUGCGGUUUGCCCUCGUGACUCGGUCGCUGUCCUUGCCCGGCGGCCCGCGUGCCAGUUCCUGAGGCGGUGGUUUGGCGCCUCGGAGCGGCAACGCGGAGCCGCCAGCCGUCGUCGGUCAGGCCGCCCGCUGGCCCGCCGCGUGAGGCGAGUGUUUUUCUCGCUCUCUUCCUUCCCCCUCGGCAGGGUCGGGCUCCAGCGGUUAACGGGGGCGGUCCCGAAGGAGGAGGAGCCCGCCCGGGAGCAGCUCUCUCUCGGAGCCGCCCGCUUCACCGUCAGUCCGCCUGCUGCGCUUCCUCCUUUCGGGCGCGCUUGAAGCUUCUCCGGCCGUUGCCUCCCCCCCGGGACCUCCAUGGCCGGCCGUGGUGGGUUCCCCCUCACCCCGCCGCCCACUGCCGCGGCCUCGGUGGGGGCCGCGGUCCCUCCUCCUCCUCCUGGACCUGGAGGCGGGCUCUUGCGGGGACCCAGCCCAGCCGGGGCCACCGCAUACCGGCCCGUGGGGCAUGGAGCUCAGUUCCAACGCCCAGGGAUGCUGCCUGGUGGCCGGAUGCCCAUGACAGGAUUGCAGGUGGGCUCCCUGUCUGGACCUCCAUAUGGAACAGCUUCUCCACUAAGACCUGGAAUGCCACAGUCUAUGAUGGAUCCCUUCCGGAAGCGUCUGCUUGCUCCACAGACCCAGCCGCCUCCGUUGCUAACCCAAAGACGAGGGCUGAAGAGGAGGAAGAUGGCCGACAAGGUCCUACCACAGAGGAUCCGUGAGUUAGUCCCAGAGUCUCAAGCCUACAUGGAUUUACUGGCAUUUGAACGCAAGCUGGAUCAGACCAUUGCCCGCAAGAGGAUGGAGAUCCAGGAGGCAAUCAAGAAACCUUUGACGCAAAAGCGGAAACUGCGCAUUUACAUCUCCAACACCUUUACACCUGGAAAGGAAGAAUCUGAAGGCGGCGAGCGCAUAGCCUCAUGGGAACUUCGUGUGGAGGGCAAACUCUUAGAUGAUCCAAAUAAGCAGAAGCGAAAGUUCUCUUCCUUUUUCAAGAGCUUGGUCAUUGAGCUGGAUAAAGAGUUGUAUGGCCCAGACAAUCACCUGGUGGAAUGGCACCGAAUGCCCACGACCCAAGAGACAGAUGGCUUCCAGGUCAAGCGCCCAGGCGAUGUCAAUGUGAAAUGCACCCUGCUGCUCAUGCUGGACCACCAGCCUCCCCAGUACAAACUGGACCCCCGCCUGGCUCGCCUGCUGGGUGUUCACACACAGACUCGGGCAAGCAUCAUGCAGGCCCUCUGGCUCUACAUCAAACACAACAAGCUCCAGGACAGUCAUGAGAAGGAGUACAUCAACUGCAAUCGCUAUUUUCGCCAGAUCUUUGGCUGCAUCCGCAUGCGAUUCUCUGAGAUCCCCAUGAAGCUGGCAGGGCUCCUGCAACACCCAGAUCCCAUUGUCAUCAACCAUGUGAUCAGUGUGGAUCCUAAUGACCAGAAGAAGACUGCCUGCUAUGACAUUGAUGUAGAAGUGGAUGACCCUUUGAAGGCCCAAAUGAGCAGCUUCCUGGCUUCCACCACCAACCAGCAAGAAAUUGCCUCCCUGGAUGUCAAGAUCCAUGAAACCAUUGAAUCUAUCAACCAGCUCAAGACACAGCGAGAUUUCAUGUUGAGCUUCAGCAACAAUCCCCAGGACUUCAUUCAGGAGUGGAUCAGAUCUCAGCAGAGGGACUUGAAGAUAAUCACAGACGUGGUUGGGAACCCUGAAGAGGAGAGACGUGCAGAGUUCUACGAGCAACCAUGGAUGCAGGAGGCUGUUGGGAGACACAUCUUUGCCAAGGUUCAGCAGCGCAGGCAAGAACUGGAACAAGUCCUUGGCGUUCGCCUUACCUAGUGGUGCCACGUCCGUCAAGCCUCUUGCACCUUGUGGUACUUUGGAGUGGACUGAUGGUCCUCAAUCCUCUGCCUUUAACAGGCUGAUGGAGUUCUGAUGCCUCCCCCCCCCCAUUGCUCUCAUUUGGAGGAGGUGGGGCUUAAUCAGUACCUUCCUGGGAAUAUACAAGGCUUCAAGCCGCCUUUUACAGAGAGAGGGGAGCUCCUCUCCCUCGCCAGACCCCUGCCCUUCCUCAGCGCUUUUUCUCUGGGACACUGGGAAUUUUUUUUAAAAUUUGAGUUGCCUUCUACCUCUUUGCUGAGUCUCAGCAGCCUUCCUUAUAACACAGGGAGGCUGCUGCUACUGCCGCUGCUUUUAACCAAAGCUUUGUCCAUUCCAAACUGCUGGCUUUGCUGGCAUUUAGUCUUUGCACUCUUUUGUUUGGGAGCAGGUUUGUUUGGUUGUACAGAGGAAGAUGGUAGUGUAUAUGCAGGGUUGGUCUGCUUCCAAGCAUUGCCCCUCCAACCUAUGCAACUAGGGUUGUGUGUUAAAGAAGAGUUGUGUUUGCUCAGGCCUUUGCUGUUCUGUUGAUGACAAUCAAUUGCUGUUCCUUCCUUGGUUCUCCAGUUAUAUGAGGGUUAGAAGGUAGACAGUGAUUCACUCGGUGCUGCAGAAAACAUUCCUGAAGCCAUCAGCCAAGGGGAGGUGUGCAACGUUUGCCUCCGCCGCCUUGGGCUUCCUCAAGUGCCUUCACUCUCCAAGCUCCUGGCGCCUCAGCACUUAAUGUGGAAGAAGCCCUUCCUGCUUUCCGGCCCUUGUCUUGAGAUGUACAGUUGACCAAGUAGGAGCUGAUGGGAUGGUCACUUACUUCCGAGUGAGAAUGUUGUUACCACUUUCUGUGUUGAAUGUUUUUUAAUAAAAAUACUCUUGAGCAGCA